AGAAUGGUUUAGUUCAAUUAUAAUUCAAGACGUUCCUGCAAACGAGACUGCAAAGUAAUAAGAUUUGGAUUCUGUUGAGCACCAUUAUUUGUCAUUAUUUUAAUAUAAAUCAUGAAUAUCAAUUAUACACAAUUAAUUAUAAAGAUGCAUUAUUUCUUUUUUAUGGGAAGUGCGGGUCCUUUUCUCCCAUUUAUACUAGUUUACGGAAAACAACUUGGUAUUUCAUCACUAAUUAUUGGUAGCAUUACAGCAAUUUUGCCUAUAUUGCGUCUAAUAACAAAACCAAUGUCCGGCUUCAUUAUGGAUUAUUUUCAAGCAUGGAGAAAAGUGAUCUUUCUAGCAAUUUUUAUUACAUUAAGUGUCUGUUUCAUGUCAAUCUUUUUUUUACCGCCAUUGCCGGGUCCAAUACUUUUUGAAAAUCAUUUUCAAAAUGUAUCUUGUGAAACAUUACCGUUUUGCAAUAUAGAAUAUGUGAGUUUUCAUUUUUUCAUCAUUUUCGCGCAAUUCACAAUCUUUUAUUAGAUUUAAUAAAAUUUAUA